CUUCACAACACCCAAUUGACAUCCCCACAUCUGUCACCAUGUUCUCUCACACACUUAGAGUAUCCGUUAGUACCCUUGCUAGCUUGAAAUUUAAGUCUGCUAACAAUUAUAGCGCUCCUCGGUCGCCCGAGUCGUCAGACAACAAGCUGCCGGCUCCAUGGCAAAGCGUACCUUUAUCACACCUACUGCAGUUCGUCAAGGUUUGUACCUCUCUCGUGGAAUUCCGGUAUAUAACUGGGACGGUCUGGUCAUGUUAAUCCUUUCGACGCGCCCUGCGAUGGACUUCGGGCAAGCUUUGAUAGGACCUCGACCUUGCUAACCUCGACCUUCAGCCGAUUUCGUCCAAGACUUAUACCUCCGCGAAUUGAAGGCCUACAAAGUGCCAGCAGUUAAGGCCGCCGACGCCGAGGGCUCCGUCCAAUCUUGGAGUCCACCGAAGACACCAGUCUCUCCCGAGGAGGCCGAUAUUGCGAGCGAAUUGAAGGCAUACGAAGCAUCCACUGUUGAUAUCGAAGGACAGGCCGAGGCAGGUACCGCCCCAGAGAGCACGGAAUUCAAUUGGUUUGAGGAGGAGCCAGAGGAAGAGGAGCACAAGCACUAGAGGGGCAGACGUAGAGAGGCAGGGGAGAUCGCAGAUUUGGAGAAAAUGGCUGGAUGAAAAAUCUUGCGUGUAUGCAUAGCUAGAGAAUUGGGAGCUGUACAGUUGGGCAAAUGAAUUCUUGCGACGAAUUGAAUUUGCUUGGAUUUGUGAUUGCCUUGUUUGGGGUGGCUGUUUGCUGGGCAAGCUUUCCGUUGUGAUUGGAUUGGACCACCGAAGUACGGGAACCUCCUUGCGAAUGAGAG